CACAAUCAAAGCAUUUCUCAAUCUAUCAAUAAGCCUUUCACUUUAGCAUAAAAUUGAAAUGGCUCGUACCAAGCAAACUGCCCGCAAAUCUACUGGUGGAAAGGCUCCAAGGAAGCAACUGGUCCCCAAGUCUGUUUUCAAGUCAGUUCUAACAAGUGGAAGAGUGAAGAAGCCUCACCGUUUUAUGCCAGGAACUGUGGCUCUAAGAGAAAUCAGGAAGUACCAGAAAUCUACUGAGUUGAUGAUCAGGAAGUUGCCAUUCCAGAGGCUGGUUAGGCAAACUGCUCUGGAUUUCAAGAGAGAUCUGAGGUUCCAGAGCAGUGCUAUGACUAUUCUAUAAGAGGCUGCUGAGGCUUACCUCGUUGGGCUCUUUGAAGAUACCAAUCUUUGUGCAAUUCACGCAAAGAGGGUUACCAUCAUGCCCAAGGAUAUUCAGCUUGCUAGAAGGAUUCGCGGAGAAAGGGCUUAGAAAUCUUUUUUUAUGUUUAUGAUUAAUUUGUGUUUUGUAUUGGGGUCUUGUUUACUUCUUCUGUUAAAUGCUAGUGUCAAUCAAAUUAUGUAAACCUCUGGUUUAGUUCUAUUCUGAGAUCUGGUUAAUGAAAUUUAUAGUUCAUUUUAUUUCAA